AUGGCACCACGGGAAAAAUUUGAAUUCGUAUUUGUGCGUCUCUCCUAUAUACCGUAUAUCCAUCCACUCUAUCCUCGGAUUACUUACCAGCUACGCAAGCACCCGCUAACCGUUUCCAUCACACAAGUGCGCGAUUGGUAUGAGCAUGUGAUGAUGCGGGAGCGAGCGAAUCUGCCACCGGAUGUCAACAUACGGUACUGCGAUUGGCGCAUCGCAACUGGCGACGUUAGUCUCUUCACUGUGCAUGGAAACCGCUUUGACAAGAUUAUGUUAGUGCUGGGUGAGGAGAAUAUUUCAUGGGUCUUCUAUCAGAAUAUGCCAUUGCAAAGACGCAUCGAAGGCAGCGCUUGCUUCCCGAUAAGCUAUUGCGGUUGCUGUCUCAACAAUCAGUAUCUGGAGAUCAUGGAGCAUAUUAAAGAAAUGUUGUCAAGAACUAAAGUGCGCUAA